GUACGGUAGGCUGGACUGACCUUCUAAGUGGCAGUGUCCAGCUUCACUUCAAAGCCGCGACAUUUCUCCGCCUUACAUUUCGUAAAUCUUCACUUACGGUACACAAUACCAAUGGCGACUAUCCUUAAGUGCGUGGCAAACUACUAGCCCAUCCGUGAAUUGACUUCCUCUACCUUUGCACGUUGCGUCUGAGCCUGUUGAUGCAUGACUACCAGGAUCCUGCCACCUUUGAGAAGCCAAUAUGUCAGAUGACGAGGAUAUGGAUGUCGAUUCCGGCAACAAGGGUCAAACUGAUCAAGCCGAAGUUGAACGCCAACUCGACGAGGAAUAUCCCAACAGACCUCACAACAAACACAGAGCCCUGCCGUUCCACACGCUGAUCAGGGAUUUAUUUGAGCCUCUUAUCGAGAACAGAAGCAAAAAGGCAGGCCCCGCCGCUGUCAAUAGGAGGAAAGUCGGCCCCAAUGCUGGCCUAAGCACCUCACCUUCCGAGCGGCGACGCGCCAUCAUUGAACGGUAUAUCUCGCGUUGGAGAAGGGAUGUCGGACCGGAUUUCUUUCCUGCCUUUCGCCUCAUUAUUCCUGACAAGGACCGCGAACGAGGAGUGUAUGGACUGAAGGAAAAGAUUCUUGGUAAACUAUUGGUCAAGAUCUUGAAGAUCGAUAAGAAUUCCGAUGAUGGCUACAAUCUUAUGAAUUGGAGGAUCCCUGGCGGAAGCAAUGCUCCUCGUUCAUCUGGGGAUUUUGCUCUGCGUUGCUACGAAGUGAUCUCGAAACGACAAAUGAGGACAGAAUAUGGGGAUAUGGACAUUGACGAGGUGAACGAACUGCUGGACAAACUGUCAGCCGCUCCGAGAGAAGAGACGCAACUACCCAUCUUGACCGAAUUUUAUAAACGCAUGAAUGCAGACGAACUUACAUGGCUGAUUCGUAUCAUUCUGCGGUCGAUGAAAGUGGGCGCGACCGAGAAGACCUUCUUCCACAUCUGGCAUCCAGACGCGGAAAAUCUUUUCAACAUCUCCAGCAAUCUUCGAAGGGUAUGUUGGGAGCUUUGGGAUCCGGAAAAGCGUCUCGAUAGUGAGGAAACGGGAGUCUCCCUGAUGCAAUGUUUUCAACCACAACUCGCUCAAUACACCCAGGAUUCCCUCAAGCGGAUCGUUCAGAAAGUACAACCCUCGCCUGAAGAGCAGGAGUUCUGGAUCGAAGAAAAGCUCGAUGGCGAACGCAUGCAAUUGCACAUGGUGGAAGACAAUAGCCUUUUUGGAGGGAAACGUUUUCAAUUUUGGUCUCGCAAAGGGAAAGACUACACAUACCUCUACGGCAACGGGCUCCACGAUGAAAAGGGAGCUCUAACCCAGUUCCUCAAGAACUGCUUCCACGAAGGCGUGAACAAUAUCAUCCUUGACGGGGAAAUGAUCACUUGGGAUCCGAAAGAAGGAGCCCCGGUGGCUUUUGGCACAUUAAAGAGCGCCGCUAUAGCUGAGCAACGAAACCCGUUCGCAGGAGGGCAAAGACCGCUGUUUCGUGUCUUCGAUAUUCUGCUCCUGAAUGACAAACUUCUGACACGGUAUACGCUCGCAGAGCGUCGAAAAGCCCUGGAAGCUAGCAUUCAACCGGAACCGGGUCGUCUUGAAAUCCAUCCAUACAAAGUUGCCACGGGAGUAGAGGAGGUCGAGAGAGCCCUUCGUGAAGUCAUCGCCGAAGCAUCUGAAGGAUUAGUGCUGAAGAAUCCUCGCGGAGCUUACAAACUGGACGACCGUAACGGUGACUGGCAGAAGGUCAAACCAGAGUACAUGACUGAUUAUGGCGAGUCACUCGACUGCCUCAUCAUCGGAGGAUUCUAUGGUUCUGGCCGGCGAGGUGGGAAUCUGUCCAGCUUUCUUUGUGGCCUGCGCCUCUCUGGACCAGCGCAGAGUCAGCAUCAAAGUCAGGAUCAGUCUCAAGCGCAAUCCCAAUCGCAGGCUUCUGAGGCCUUCCAGAAGUUUGUUUCUUUCUUCAAGGUCGGCGGUGGCAUGACAGCCAACGAUUAUGCCACCAUUCGCCAUGAAACAGAUGGAAAAUGGCACAAAUGGGAUGCGAGACGGCCACCAACAAAAUAUAUCGAAUUGGGAGGUGGACCACAAGGCCAGCGCGAAAAGCCCGAUAUGUGGAUCAAGCCUGAGGAUUCCCUCGUGGUCCAAAUUAAAGCUGCACAGGUGGUGCCGAGCGAAGACUAUGGUUGUGGUAUGACAUUGAGAUUCCCGCGGUUCCAGAAACUCCGUCGGGACAAGAAUUGGCAGUCAGCGUUGUCGCUGGACGAGUUUCAAGAUCUCAGAAAGACCAUCGAGGACAGCCUCAAGAGGAAAGCGCUGGAAAUCGAUGAACAGAAGAAGCAGAAGCGAAGAGCAACGACACGCAAGAAAGUCGUCACCGUUGCAGGCUACAAUGCCAAAGAUGUCAACAAUGUGUCACUCCCCGCUGGACCUCAGGGCAAUGUUUUUGAAGGCCUCACGUUCUACAUUAUGACGGAGGCCGUCUUACCAAGUCAGAAGAAAUCAAAACUGGAGCUCGAAGCGCUGGUGAAGGCGAACGGCGGCAAAAUCGUCCAAACCCACAAUGUUGUCAAAGACACGAUCUGCGUGGCAGGAAGGCGGACUGUGAAGGUAGCCAGUCUCGAGAAGACGGGAGAGAAAGAGAUCAUUAAGCCAACCUGGAUCUUUGAUUGUAUCGAUCAGGCGCGCCACGACUUUGCAGUCGGCUAUGCGGAAACGGUCCUGCCAGUCGAGCCAGAGCGUCAUUUGUUCUUUGCCCCAGAGGGGAUGAAGGACCGCUGGAUUGAGAACUUGGAUGUCUAUGGAGACAGUUAUGCUCGGGACACCACUGUGGACGAGUUGAGGGAGAUCAUGGAAAAGAUGGGCGUUAUUGUUUCCGACGAUGUGGAGGCAGUGAACAUAGUCCCAGAGCUGUUCCCCGAGUACCUCGACAUGAGAGGGUUUAUCUUCGUCGGCCUCGUAAUGCUAUUCGACAAUCCGGCAGAGCCGAAGCAGAAGGGAUCGUCAGCAUCAACCACGGAAAGCUCUAUCGACAGCACGGGCACAACAGCGCGCAAUUUCGCACUAUUCGGCGGAGCGCGCGUCUUGCCAAACAGUGGUCUGGAUUCUCUUCCUGACAACGAGAAAGUCAAGAUCACGCAUAUCAUUGCCCACUCAGAUUCCGACUUACAAUCACUCAGACGAGAUGUCUCCCGGUGGAGUAGUCGACGUAUACCUCGAAUAAUGAGUCCAGAAUGGAUUCGAAUGUGUUGGAAGGAAGGCACAAAGGUGGAUGAAGAAGCUUAUGUGGCUAGGUGAGGUGCUGCCCUCCGGUGGGUGACUCAACCUUUAUACUCUGGGUUGGGACGCCCCUGCGCAUCACCCUCACCUAGGAAGCCAAAUGAAAGCACGAAUUUAUCCGAUACUGGCCGCCUGUGGCUACCCGCAUACAAUCUCGUUGAUAAACACUGACUGGCGAUGACAAUUCGGUUUGCUCGGUUGCUGGUACGCGGCUCUGGCUCAAGCCAUCAUGAUAACCGUCAAUAUCCCACAAUGAACACUCUGAUUUCGACAAACAGGCGGAUCUUGACAAACUUCGAUCUACAAGUCUAUUCCGCCGAUAUUGGAAGCGGACGUUUAUUCUUGGUGGCACUACCAAGUGCAUACAGAAUUGUUCUGGAGGCCAGUCAAAGGAUACUCUAAGCAGUCCUGCCCUAAGCACCUUUUGCUUUACGGUCUUCCACAGCCUAAUGAUAAAUGAGACUGUCCAUACAGUCUUGUGUUGCCACACAGACAAAGCCAAAAGAACGGAUUGGGUGAGACUAUCACGUUCCCUACGACUUGCUGCUGCCAUGAUUUGUUCCGUUGCGUCUAUCGUCGGCUUCUGCAGCCUCCAUUUGGCAUUCACCAGGCUUAUAUAUGAUAUAUCACCUCCCAUGCAUACCGCGCGUUUCCUUAGUGUCUUGUCCGUUUGAGAUCGUCAAG